GGAGUUUCUGUAUCCAGAGGAGAUGAAUCCAAUGGAAAAGAUACUUGUAGCAAAUAACAAAAUGUCACGUUUUCAGGGCUUUGCCUUUCGGGAAGGUGACAUUGCGAAUUAUGGUACAAGGAGCACAAUUUCAUGUCCAAACCAAAACUGCCUCUGGCCAAAAUCAGUGGAUGGGUUUGUUUACGUACCUUACACCAUCUCUCCUCUUUACGAUACUAUGGACCGGAUCACAAUUGAGAUGGGAAUGCUGGAUAUCUCAUCUUCGACGUGUGUGAAAUUUGUGCCUCGUACGCAUCAAGCUGACUUUGUUGAUAUCCAGCCUAAAUAUGGGUGCUGGUCCUUCUUGGGAAGGAUUGGAGGACCACAGCCACUUUCACUGCAGACUCCUGCGUGCAUGUGGUCAGGCGUGGCAUCUCAUGAGCUUAUGCAUGUGCUUGGGUUUGUACAUGAGCAGUCUCGUUCAGAUCGUGACCGCUAUGUCACCAUCCUGUGGGAAAACAUAAUAGAGGGGCAGAAGCACAAUUUUAAAAAGUAUGAGACAAACAAUUUAAACACCGUGUAUGACUUUGACUCUGUAAUGCAUUAUGGGAGAUAUGCAUUCUCAGAAGAUGGAUUACCAACUAUAAUCCCUAAACCUGAUCCAAACAUUCCUAUUGGCCAACGUGAUGGACCAAGCAAACUAGAUAUUCACAAAAUAAAUCUGCUGUACAACUGUGGUGGCUUUGUGUGAAUAGACGCUAUAGAAUAGAAUAACAUAUCGGAUCAGUCACAAUUCUUAUAUUUUUCAGGCUAUAGGAUUUUUAUUUUGCAUUGUCGUAGAUACUGCAACUUAGAAUACAA